UCCGCUCCCGCAGAAUUUCUCAGGCCGCCAUGCCCCGCACGCUCGCGCCGCUCAGCGCAGGAGCCACCACGCGGUCGCGGUCGGCGGUACGCCCGUCUCACCGCCGGCGUCUUAGUGCUUAGUGCUUCCGCACGCUUCGGCCCAAGCGCCUACGUCGUUUCUAUCCCUCACACACACUCGCUCCCUACUGCGUGCGCCGUGCUGUGCGGUCAUGGCCAGCCGCCUCUUCCUAAUCCGGCGGACCACAAGUGCAUUGCGGCGGCAGACACCACGAGCACGCUCGUUUCACCCGUCGUCUGACGGUGGGAACUUGGCGUCUUCCCGCGGGACGCUGGAACUUCUCGCGCCUCCUCCCAGCUCACCAUCUUAUACUUUCCACAAGGUUUUCAACCGAGAUGCUGGGUUCUUCAGUUGGCUACAGAGGUAUAAUCUUCAAGCCUACUGUUGUAUCCAUACAAGCAAAUCAGUUAGUAGUGAAUAUCAGGCUAUGGAGGAGCCUCAACAAAAUCCAGGAGCGGCUGUAUCAGCUGAUGAUUCUGCUGAACCAAAACCAAAGAGGAAAAAGCUGAAAGGGAAGAGGGCAGUAACAAGAUUUUUGAAAUCCUUGAGAUGGAAAAAGAAAAAGGAGAUUCAGAGAAUGACUGCAGAGGAGAAGAUUUUGUACAAACUGAAGCUAGCUCGAAAGAAGGAAGAGCGGCUUGUCGCAGCACUGAAAAAAAUUGAACCAGAUGAUCCUUCAGAACCUACACAUGAUCCGGAGGUGCUUACACCUGAAGAGCACUUCUAUUUCCUCAAGAUGGGCCAAAAAUGUAAAAACUAUGUGCCUGUUGGAAGACGUGGAAUAUACCAGGGAGUAAUCUUGAACAUGCACUUGCAUUGGAAAAAGCACCAAACUCUCCAGGUAAUUGUGAAGACAUUCACACCAGAUGAAGUCAAGGAAAUUGCCACAGAGUUAGCCAGACUAAGUGGUGGGAUUGUGCUUGACAUUCAAGAUGGGAACACAAUUAUUAUGUACAGAGGGAAAAACUAUGUGCAGCCACCACCAGAAAUCAUGUCUCCAAAAGUUACACUACCUAGAAAAAAGGCACUGGAUAAAUCCAAAUACAAAGAAAAGCUCAGAUCUGUCAGGAGGUACAUUCCCAGGCUUGAGCAGGAGCUUGAAGAUCUUCAUGCGCAGAUGAAGUUAUCUGGAGAGCAUAAAGGAGGUAUAGGGAAAUACGUUGCUUCAGUUUCACAAAAUGCAAACAGUAUGGCAGCAAGAGUAGAAUCUUCUAUCUCAGUUCGCGAUAAAACUGUAUCUGAUCUGCUGUCAGAAAGCGUAGAGGGAUCCAAGAGGUUAGAGGAUGAAAGUUCUGAGGUUGAAGACGUCUCAGCUUCAGAGUCUAUGUCAUUUUCAGAGUCUGAGGAUCUCUCAGACAUUUUUGAGACAGAAUCAGAGGAGCAGGAAGAAGGCAACAAGGAACACCCCUUGUAUCUGGAUAGGCUGGAUAAAUUUCCCUCGGAGAACAAUGAUAAUGAACAAGAUGAUUUUGAGGAGCAUCUACGGAAGAUCGCUUCACUUUCUGAUAAGACCGAUUCACCUUCGAAAGAACUAAAAGUGUCAGAGCUUGACGAGAUUGAUAAAAUCUUUUUGAGAGCUAGUUCAUUGUUGAAGAAAAGGUGAAAAAUUAGGAUUUGUAUACAAUGAUCUUCAUAUUUAUAUGCACCGUGAAAGGUAUUUUGUUCAGUUUUAA